GUCCGCGUGUGUCGUCCCUGCCAGAAGAGGAGACUGACCGCGUCCCGCCAAGGUUCGGGUUAGUGCACCGUCAAGAGCGCCACCGACGUCCGUCCAGGCCUCUGGAGUAACGGAAAAGACACUGCUGCAGUGCCCUGCGUCACCCGUACCCGCACUACUGUGGAGCCGGGCGUAUCUGUCCGGGCUCUCACCGGUGUCUCCAGAGGACCGCCGCAGGUGUGGACUCGUAGCUGAAGAUCCACACGGUCCGCGUGCAAGGCUCUGCGUCCGCUCGGUCUUCUCUCCUUCGCGAAGUGUGUGCACAACACGGAGCGGUCUCCUGCGGCGUGCUCCGACGACGCCGUCUGCAAAUUCUCCCGUGGGGCCUCUUCCUCCCUGUAGUGGACGGGGGAUCCGUCCUGCAGUGUAUACGCGUGAAUCACCGUGUACCCGGCAAUGGUGCUCGUGGUCGGUGCCGUGGACAGUUCGGUGCGCCUGUCCGCGACGAGCGGCGGCGGCGUCCACGCGUCCGACGCGUUCGGAUGGUGCUCGCCGUCGCGGCGACCGCUGGUGAUGACCGAGUCGGCGGCGACGUCCUUGGGCGCCCUGCUGGCGGCGCCCACGCCGCCCCUGCUGCGUCGCAUCCUGCUGCGGUCCCACGGUGACGCGCCAAUGGGGUCGUCGUCUUCCGACGGCGUCGGCUACCGCAGCAUGAGCGGCAGCGGUGGCGACGGCGACUCCGCCGCCCCCAACGGCAGCGCCGGGGGCGUCCCGCCCCUGGUGCCGUCCGCCAUGACGUCCUCAACGAGUUCCAACGCGACCGGCGCCGGCGGCGGCUCGCUGCGACCCCCGAGCAAGCUUCGCCGUCCCACCACGCUCACCAGCUCGGCGGCGGCCGGGGCGGCGACCGCCAACAACGCCGCCACGGGUCCGUCCCCCCUGAGCAGCGGCGGGUCGGGCGCCAGGACCCCGCUGUCGGCGGCCUCUUCCAUGUCCGCCCUCAACGAUAAGUCCGAGACGGGCGGCCCGUUCAACCACGGCUCGGCGGACGACUUCAUCGUGGGCGACCGCGUGUGGGUGAACGGCACCCGUCCGGGCUACAUCCAGUUCCUGGGCGAGACCCAGUUCGCCACGGGCGACUGGGCGGGCGUGGUUCUGGACGAGCCCGUGGGCAAGAACGACGGCUCGGUCAACGGCGUGCGCUACUUCCAGUGCGAGGCCCGGCGCGGAGUGUUCGCGCGUCCCGAGCGCCUCUCGCGCUUCCCGGGGCCCGGCGCCAACGGCACCAACACCACCGCCACGCUCGUCGGGCCCGGAAAGACGCAGGUGACCACCACAAGAGUGAGCUCCCCUACAGGAAGCACUCGGUCUUCUCCGCGGGCGGUCACCAUGCACACGUUGACCACGACAACCGACUGUGGGUUGCGGGUUGGCGACCGUGUCAUAGUGAACGCCUCCUCGGGCAUGAAGGCUGGCACCCUGCGCUUCAUUGGACCCACAGAGUUCGCCACAGGACAGUGGGCUGGUGUGGAGCUGGAUGACCCUGUCGGCAAGAAUGACGGCUCCGUUGCUGGAAAGAAGUACUUCAGAUGCCUGCCGCGGCAUGGCCUCUUUGCACCCUUGCACAAGGUGGCCCGUGAGGGAGGCCACACCUCGACUACCACGACAACGACCACGCGCACAACGCGCAUCACCUCGCAGCCGCGGCGUGCAGGUAGCCAAGAAUCACUGCGCAGCUCCCUGAGCUCGGCCUCCGCCAGAGCCGGGGUAAGGCUGGGCGUCGCUGCACUAACCUCCCCUGCCAAGAAGUCUACUAAGCCGCUCACCUCACCUAUGGUAGCGUCACAGAACUCCCUACAGGUGGCUCUGAAAGAGAAGGAAGAACAUGUGGAGCAACUGCUUAAGGAGCGUGACCUCGAAAGGGCAGAGGUUGCCAGGGCCGCUGUGCAAGUUGAAGAGACAGAGCAGCAGCUGGCAGCGCUCCGCACGGAACACCAGUGCUAUGCGGAGGAGAUGGAGCAGCGAGCUGCGUCUUUCCACCAGCUCUUGGAGGAGCAUGAGCAGGAGCGAGCACGGCUCAUGGCGCUGAACUCGGACCUCCAAAGGAAAGUGGAAGACCUGCAGUUCCGCUUGGAGGAACAGGAAAUUUUGCAUUCGGACAAUUAUACUGCAGCUACUGCGCAAGCGGAGAAAAUUGCCAGACUUGAGAAGCAGCUACAGGAGUACAAAGACCAGCUGGAGGCGGCCAAACUGCAAAGCAGUGCCCAGGAUAAUGGCAUGCAAGAGCUCAUGGUGCAGUACAAAAGUGAGGUGCAGAACUUGAAGGAAGCCCUGAGCCAAGCUGAAGCCAAGCUGUCCACAUUUGAAGCUAAGCAGGUUGAAGACGGAAGCACAAUAGGCAAGCUGCGGGAAGACCUCAUAUCAAGGGAUGAGGCGCUGCUCCGACUGGAAGCCUCCCUGGAGCAGAAGUCCAAGGAACUGCUCGGUCUCAGGGACAAUGCGGUCGAGCUUGAGGAGAACCUGCAGGCUUUGAAGGAAAAGGAUGAAAGCCAGCAGCAAGUCAUCGAAGAUCUGACCAGCAGGCUAGCAAAGGUGCAGACAGACUACGACUUCCUCAGCGAAGAGUCCCAGAUUAUCAAAAGUGAUGCUGCAGACCAGCAGCGGCUGGUCUCCUCCCUGGAGGAGCAGUGCAAGCAGCUGCAGACCCAGAAGAGGGCCCUGGAGGAAGAGCUGGGCACAGUCAGGUUGGCCGCCAGCGGAGGCUCCAGCCAGGUGGAAGAGCUCAACAGCCGACUGCAGGAGAAGGAGAGGCUGGUGGAAAACCUGGAGGCCCAGGUGCGCACCCUGUCCCAAGAAGGCGACAAGGCCCGGCAAGAGGUGGCCCAGCUCACCGAGAGGCAUCAGUCUGCGACCGAGCGCACCACGGCCGAGCAUGCCCGAGAGAUUGCCUCACUGCAGCAGAGGCUGGCUGACCUGGAGGGCAAGCUGGAGGAGCGUGUGCAGCGUUGCCGGACUCUGGAGCAGUCCAACAACGAAGCUCAAGUAGAACUGGAGAGCCAGCUGCGGUCGUGGCAGGACAAGCUGGCCGCCGCGGAGCAGCAGGCCCAGAGGCUCACCCAGGAGCUCGAACAGACGCGAGAACUGCUGGCCGAGGAGCGGCGCCUGCGUGACAUCCAGAGCCAGGACCUGGGCUCAGAGGUUUCUGAGCAUGAACGCCAGCUCGUGGUGGCCAGGGCGGAGAUGGAACGCCUCAAGGCCGAGUUUGACGCCCACCGGGAAGACUUGGCACGUCAGGUCACCGAGACCAGAGAGAACGAAGCCCGUGCCGUCGAGGAACUUCGCCGAGAAAUGGAGAGCCAGAUAAGUGUCGUCAAUGAAUUGCGGCAGCUCCUGUCGAAGACUGAAGAAGACAGGCGGACUCUCGCGGAACGCAACACUCAACUUGAGGAGCAGCUUGCACAGGCCAGUGCCACACAGAAGAAUGCUGAUGAUGGCAGCGCAGCAGAGAUCAAGGCCCUCAAGAGCCAGCUUGAGAACCUGCAAAACAGGGAGCAGCAACUUUCCCAGGCCAGGGAAGAGUUGCGGACCAUGCUGGAGCAGGCCAAGGGCAGGGCAGAGGAGGACCAGCGCAAGUUCAGCCAAAUGGCACAAGAGGUUUCCCAACUGGAGUCUGAGCUGGAGCGCAACAGGUCCCUCCGAGAGCUGCUGCAGAAAGUGCAGGACGAGAAGCACCAGCUCGAGGCUAAGGUGGCAGAGCUGAAGGCUGCUGCAGCAACUGCUUCAGCUGCAGCUGUUAACGGCAAGGCCUCUAAUUCUGCAGCAGCCACCAAUGUCAGCCCUGCACAUUCAACGGAAGGCGGAGGUGGUGACCUAGCCCUGAAGGAAGAGAGAGACAGUCUUCAGAUGCAGGUGGACUUCCUCAACUCUAUAAUUGUGGACAUGCAACGAAAGAAUGAUGAUCUCAAGAGGCGCAUUGAGGUUCUAGAAGCAGGGCCUACCCUCGACGACAUCGACAUUAACCUCAAUGGCAUCAAGGCCCCCGUGCCACCACGCCUGUUCUGCGACAUCUGUGACCGUUUCGAUGUGCACGACACGGCUGACUGCCCCAUCCAGUGCAGCAUGGAUGAGGAGAUGGCAACCCACAGCCGCCAUGGCUCUCCCAGACGCUCGAGUCGACCCUACUGUGACAUCUGUGAAAUGUUCGGCCACACGAGCACAGAGUGCGACCCCAGUGAAACGUUCUGAAGGGCGACGUUGUGGGUGUAGAAUUAUUCAAGACUGUGGACUUGCUGCGACUCGUUUCUUCGAGCAUCUGGAACAGAUGCAAUGGUCCCUGUGCAGGCUGUUUGAGAAUUAAGGCCACAAGGGUUAGUGCUGUAGUGUGGUCUCAUAAUACAGGGGUUAAGUGCAGAGAAUGUGAGUGACACAGUGGUGUUUUGUAAGCAAACACUCGUAGCAUGUCGUUUCUUGCAUUCAAAUAGGUCUGUAUCAACAUUGUUCUCAGCACUACAGGUGUUUUUUCCUGGAUCAUUACACAUUGCAGCGCAGGAGAAAGCUCCAAGGUCUUUUGAAGUUUUUAGUAGUUGUUCUUGUUCUUGUUUUUUUUUCUUCAGCUUGCGCACAGUUUUUUAGUCUGAAAGUAAUUUUAAAUGUGUGCUAGGUCAGCUGUUCCACGUUGAGCAGUGUUGAGCUUAGUAAAAUAUUUUGCGGGGCACUCACCAAACCCUCUACAGUUGUAUAGAGAGUCAGAUGUGUGCGCACAACGAAUUUUGUCGUUUUUUUCUUUCCAUUUUCAUUUUGGUCACUGUAGUGUUGACCUGCUUUUUUUCGGGGAAUUAGUUUUUCCAACGAAUUGUAGGUCAGUGAGAUUUUGAUGUGUGCGAGAGUUGUUAUUGUACAAUGAACUUGCGUAGAUGGCAUCAUUACUUUUCAGGCUGCCUAUAGCUGCAUUGUAGAUACUGUUAACAUACAUUAUUAGCUUGUUUUCGGAAGAACUUUGGGUGAGCUUUAAAUAUUAAGCUUCGUUAGCGAACUUUUAUGUGAGCAGAGCAACCUGUGAACGAGCUUUGCCUACAUUUUGCUUCCACGUUGAUAUAUAUACUGGGAUGUUUUGGUGCUUUGUACAGAUUAUAAAGGUGCAGAAGCCUGCAAUUGAAGCUGUCUGGAACACAGUCGCUUGUUAUCGUUGUGCAUAAUAACAUGUCAUCAAGGGGCUCUUGCGUUUCAUUUUCAGGCGGUGAUAUGUUUUAAGAGUUUGCAGCCCGGGUAUGUACAUGUGCUCAGGAUAGCAGUGUGUUCAUGGUGACAGCUAGUGAGUGAUUUGUCUCAUGCACAAAUCAGCAAACCUCUGCUUCUUGGUGCAUGUAAGUGGGCACAUAUAAGUGCCAAUGUUGAAUCAACACAGAGAAAGUUGUCUGGUAGUGUUAAAGAUGCUCUAAAUGUAUGGCCAACCAUGUCACACUAGUUUAGGCAGCAGUUUCCUUUGCCGCGGAACGUCAGAGAGCAGACUGCCGUCCAGGCCUGUUUUUAUCCAUCGCGGCCUUCCUUGCCCAUGUUAACAAUGCUUGCAAUUUUUCUCACAUGAUGAACAGUGGGGCUACAAAGCUUUGAGAACUGAGGGCGCCUUCAGGCUUGUAUUUUGUCACAGUCACAAUUAGAAACAAAAGGCCCACAAAAUUUUGCUACAAUGUUGGUUCAGGGCUGGUGAGAAUAGCUGGGCUGAUCACCUUGCAUUGUCUCUGUAUUGCUCAACAUUGUUUCUUACUUAGGAGCAGGGUUUGUGUGAGUAAAGAAAUUUUAAUUUGCUAAGUAGUUAAGGCAUUGCCUGGCUUCAUGCUAGCAGUACAAAAAUUGGGCAAACUACUGAGAAAGCAAGAUCAGGUUGGCUGUUGAAGUUUUGUCUGUCUGUCUGAUUGCUUAGUUUAAGCCACAACAUAAAUUGUAAGCAAUAAGACUCAUCUCCAAUAUUGUUUCAAAUCAGUGUCCAACAAAAAGCUUCCACAAACAAUAUACAGUACUACGUAUUGGCACAUUUAGUCUAAGCCACAAAGAAAAGAUUGAGCUGUAGGCAUUUAAGAAGGUAUAAUUGUUUAGUUUUAAGUUUUAAAAUCACUUAUUCGGUCGAAAAGGGUUUACUUCUUUAAGUUAGUGUAUAUUCCAUUUCAUACAUAGCAGGAAACACUACCGAGGCUAGAGAGACUUUUUCCACCGCUUGCAUUAGUGACUGAAACGUAGUGCGUUAUAUAUGCAAGAGAGAUAGAUAGAUAUGCAUCAUGUAAUUCAAGCUAACAUUAGCCCUGUAAUGACCAAUAUAGCACAAGUGCUAUGCAGAGUUUUUUAUGCCUCAAAAUGCUUAUUCCUGCACAGGAAGCUUAAUGCAAAGCAUACAGUUAUGUUUUUAAUGUGCUGCAGUGAAGUUCCCACCUCUGGAUAGUUCAGCAAAUCGACUAAUCAUGAAUUAUUUACUAUACUAGUUAGGUUAAAAAUCAAUUAGGUAACACUUCAUUGCUUUUUUGUGCAAAUGUGCUUGGCAUUGUAAGAAAUAAAGCUAACAAGUUGUUCCAGUUUUCCUUGAUGUAGAAUGGUGUUUUUGUAUUACAGGGUUAGGUCUCUCGCUUUCGUCACAAAAUAUAACACAAUUGUUAUAUGGAAGUUGUCGUAGAUCUGAAUAUAUUCUCCACCAAACAAGCAGAGUGGCACAUUGGUACUACCCACAGCUACAGCGCACCACCUACGCUGGUUACUAAAACAUAGUAGUAUGCCACAAGCUGGAAGCACAGAGAUGUACAAAUAAUACGCGAUUCAGCGUAACUUUACUUCUGCAAGUUGUAGUUUUAAUAUAUGAUGUCAUUAUUGAUAGAAAGUGUCACAUCUAAAAAAUAAGCAACUGAGCUGUGUAACGUGCAUAGUAAGGCUUCUAUCACUGUGCUGUACUUGCAUUGCUUCUGCAGUGUGUCCUGCUAAGUAUGAAACCAAGUGUAAUGUUUCAUUCUCUUAUUUGUUGACAUAGUACAGAUAAAGUUUACAAUGUUGCUGAGGGCAACACUAUGUUGUUUGGCUUGGCAUAAAACAAUUUCUUUAUCUGACGUUCGAUUCGUGAAGAUUUAGCUAGCAUCAAAUGCGUGCCAUUGUUUUCGUGUCGCCGCAUAAAAAAAUGGAAUUUUUUGCCCCUCGGAGGGUUAAGACAGCUUCAGAUUGAAUUGCCCAUUUGUUGUAUCUGUCAGUCACUGUUUUGUAUUGCCGCUGUUCUUCAGUCAGGCUCUGCUGUCCAUGGAAUCUGACUCCACGCUUCUGAGUGUGCCCGACUUAUGGCAUGAGUUGCUUUGAUUCUUUCACUUUGCAGCUCAGAUCAGGCUAUUCAGUGCUUAACAAUGCAUAACAUUUUUGCACAUUUCUUGCAACGACCGUCCACAUACUAGUCACUGCGGUGGCACUUGUGCUCUUCUGAAGUUGAGUUCCUGUUUAUGUUUGCACGAAAUGUGUUCUCAAAGUCAUUCGUGUAAAAGAAAGCUUAUUUACCACAGUUCUUUUCUUUCUCGCAGGUAGCAAUAUACAUAUGGGGUUACAGAAAGUGAAAAAUUCAUACCCCAACGUAUACUCCCAAAAUAUGCCGAAAUAUAGGCAAUUCAACAUUUUGACACACUUUACUACUAACGCCACAUUUUGCUGAACUGAUUGUUGAAUGUAGAACCUGUGUAAAAUUCAGAUCACGGAAAUUGGAAUCCAAUGAUGCCAAUGGCUGUUCACAGGUGACAUUGACAGGUGUUCUGUGUGUCACAUCAAGACGGUGAGACAGUAUGUCUACAUGCAAUUCCUGCCUACUUUUUUUAUGCUUGUAAUAUUGGCAAAUUUAGAAGCAUCUGUUGAUUAAGUCAGAUCAACAUGCACAGUGCAUUUUUUUUAAUGCCUGUAAAGUACCUUUUGUUUUUGUUGCUGUUAAGGUUUGAGCCUAUUGUCUGCUACACUUGAAACUGUAAUGUGUCUCUGUCCACUUGAGCUAAGUGAUAUGAAAGCUGUAAUCUCACUGGCAUGCUCAGCUUGUUGCAAUAUUGACUUGAGUGCCUUGUGAUGGGGCAGCUAUCUUUACUAUAGAAAGAGGGUUGAAAUCUGUUUAAGGCAUAUAUCAGUGUUGAGCUAGGUGGUGUUACUUGGUUGUACAAACAGCACCUUUUUGCUGGAUGUGUAACGGCCAGCAACAACAGUUAACCUGUUUCUGUCAACAUUGUGAAUGAUUGUAGCAAAUGAAAAUUGCUGUAUACUCCUCUAGAAUGCCAAUUUUACAGAAUGUUUAUAUAAUGUGUUCAGUUUGCAAGGUGCAAAUAUUGGCAGUUAUGUGUGCUGAAGUUUCGAAUUAAAGGAAUAUUUUAAAGCGAA